CGAAAUAACUCUUGCUUUCUCGCGCGCCACUCGAUCCCACUCGAGCCCCUAGACAAAGACGAUAUGGCGAAAGGCACAGCGAGCCUCUUCCACCCGAAGCCCAGCCGGCCCACACUCCCAAAGAAGGACUCGCCGAGCACGAACACGCCCUCACCUGGGCCCUCACAAUCCACCCCCGGCACGCCGAAGAAGGCCGCCACUCCCGCCACUCGCCCACCGCAGCAGCGGCCCCCCCGCCCCCUAGGGAUACCCCCAAUGCAAAAGCCCAAGCCCAAGGCCGACGAUGACGAGAAGAAACAAGCCCUGCCCGAUGGCCCAUACGCGGAGUUCCGGCUGAUGUCGUCGAAGCUGAACGGGUGGAAGUACGACGUGAUGAAGUUCGAGUCGCGCAAGCGGGUCGACAUCAACACCUGGGCGGCCCCAGUGAAGCUGAACCGCAAGGAGCCGCGGCGCGAGGACGCCCCAGACGCGGCAUCGCUGCAGGCGGUGAGCGCGAUGGUCGGCUCGGACGGGAAGCUCGUCAUCGGCGCGGACGGGAAGGUGGUGAUGGUCGACGCGGCGGGGCGGCCGGUGCGCGCGCCCGUGGAUGCGGACGAAGCUGGGGAGGAGAAGGGCAAGGGCAAGGACAAGAAGAAGCGGUUCGUGAAGAAGACGCGGCAGGUGUUCCUCGUGCCCGAGGAGACGCGGCAGCUGCGGCGCGAGGAGCGCCACCCGUGGGUGAUGGAGGAUGCGAAGCACGACGAGACGUGGGUGGGCAAGAUGGAAGAGGUGUCGAAGUCGCAGACGUAUGCGAUGUUCAUGCCCGCCGCGGACGAUGUCUUCAAGUUCGUGCCCGCACACCGGUGGUACAAGUUUCAGAAGAAGCCGCAUUAUCAUAUUCCCAACCUCGAGGAGGCGGAAACUUUGAUGACCAAAAUGCAGAAGCACAAGGAUACCCAUUGGACGCUCCGACAAAGAACCGAGCAAGCCACGGGUGGCUCAUCUCUCGUGCACAGCGCAGGCACAAGUCUGGGGCCCGGCGGUCGGAAGCUGAGGACGGUCGACAGUGGCCCAUCCGAGCUCUUCGGCGGUGACGAUGAUGAAGACGGCGGCGACAGCAAGCGGAGAGCCAAACGCGAGAACGGGGCCGAGGGUGACCUCGAUGAGCUAGACUUCGAAGACACAUUUGCAGAUGACGAGGAAAAGAUGGACCUGGACGACAAGGAAGACGACGAGACGAAGGAGCUUGAGGAGCGACUCAAGAAGGAGUACAAGAACGCGAACAAGCUCCGUGAGGGCCACAUAGAUGAAUCAGACGAAGAGGAGGAAGAGACCCAGCUGACUGGGGCGGGCAAGAACCUCCAGAAGACCCUGAAGAAGCUGGACAAGGAUGGCGCAUACGACGACUCCGACGACGAGAAGAACCCGUAUGCAAGCGAGGAGGAAGAGGAGGAGGAAGAGAUCCCCAUUGCGCCUACCGGUCCUGCGAUUCAGCCUGUCGAGCCCAAGCCGGGCGCGCGAUCGGCGUCCCAGACGUCACCGGUCCUGCAAGCGGGCAAGCCCACGGCAAACGGACAGCCACCGUCCACGCCCAAGACGGAACCGCUGCCACAAUCAAUCUCGCGGCCGACGUCUCCCGCGCCGGCACCGGGGCACGGAGGCCAUUCCGUUGUCGCGAGGCGGGCUACGAGCCCGAAGAUGCCCAAACUGAAAACGGCCAUCCCGAGCCGCGCGGGAAGCCCACUCGCGAGCCCCAACGGAGCGUCGCCUCCAGCCAGUCGCGCGACGAGCCCGACUGCUGGCAGCCCCCCUCCGGCACCAUCUGCGUCCGGGGGUGCGAAGGCCCUCAAGCGCAAGGCGACAGACGACGGGUCUGCGGGCGCCGCGGGGGGUGCGCCGGGCAGCGUGCCCCGCCUGAAGAAGCGCAAGGCGCAGCUGCCGCCGGGCGCAGAGCUCGAGGACCGCAUGGUCAUCGAGUGGCUGCGGGCGACGCCGAGCGCAUCGACGCGCGAGUGCAUCCUGCACUUUACGCCGUACCUGACGAACGAGGAGAAGAAGAACAAGUUCACGGCGCUCGUGAAGGAGGUCGCGCAGCUCAGCAAGGGCGUGCUCGUGCUGAGGCCCGCGUACCGCGGUGCUGCGACCGCGCCCUCGCCGGCAGCGUAGGCGCGGGGAGGGAGGUAGUGCGCGUGGUUGAUUGCACACGGUGCUUCUAGCGCGGCCAUUUGCCGCGGAUUAUUACACUCGGACCCAUCUUGAUUCUCGCUUGGCUUGUACCACCAUCCAUUCCUACACAUACAGCGCGUAUUAUGAAUACACGCGUCGGCUUGUGCCCGCCCAGA